AUGUUCAUCAAAGUUCGAGUGAAGGAGUACCUCUCCGCUGGAGAGGCUGCUAUGGUUGAUCAGGGAAGAAUGUGUGUUCUAUCGAUCACUGAUAUCGAACCGAUUAGUGAUAACGAAGACGAGGAUAACGAAGACGAGGAUAACGAAGGAGAUGACGAGUCGGAGGAUGAGUCAGAGAAUGAUGAAGAGGAUGAGAUAUCUCUUGAUCAAUCUAUGACCCAACGUAAGGAAGCACAGCGAAAGCGGCCUCGGAAGAGGAUCUCUGAGGUCCUGGAUGAUAUAGGGAGCCUCUAA